CUAUCAUCAUUGCGGCCUGCCAGUAGCCAGCAAAGCGUGUUUGGACUUUGGAGGAGACGUUUUUGUUUGUGUUUCAGAGAGAGGGUUACUCAUGGAUCAGGGCCUCAAGGAAUUGUUAGAAUAUCCUGAGAACAGCCAGUGCGCUGACUGCACCGAGCCCAAUCCCACUUGGGCGAGUACAAACUGGGGCGUUUUCAUAUGCGUCCAGUGUGCUGGAGUGCAUAGAUCACUAGGUGUUGAGCACUCCUUUGUUUUAAGUUGCAGUUUAGACAACUGGUCCAAGGAACAGAUUGACUUCAUGAAGGCAAGAGGAAAUAAAGAAAUGAAUGCACUGCUGGAACAUUCCGUUCCAAAAACGAUUGAAGUCCCUUUUGGCUCUGAGACUGAUCGCGACACAAGAGAUAAGUAUAUAAGGGCUAAAUAUAUUGAGCAGCUGUUUUACAAGAAGGAAGGAAGGACUCCUAACCCUCCUAAAAGAAUGAAACGAAUUGGAAGCUCGUCUUCGCGUCAUUCGCCUCCUUCUCCGUCUCUUCGCGAUGCAGCCAUGAUCGAAUAUAUUGGAAUCAUCGAAGUGGAACUGAUUGAAGGAAAGAAUCUCAUCAUUAAAGACAUCAUAUCCAGUGAUCCCUAUUGCAAACUAACCGUUGGCCUACAGUCGCGUAAGAGCACAAUUAAAAAGAAGACACUGAAUCCGCAUUACAAUGAAAUGUUUAGCUUCUCUUGGGAUGGGAAGGAUAAACUCUGGAUUGAGAUAUACGAUCAUGAUGAUUUAUCGAAAGAUGACCACAUGGGCAUUGUGGAUGUCGAUCUUGAGUUUUUAAAAAAAGGAGACGGAGAAGAGAGAUCCCACGAGUGCUGGCUGCCUGUGACACACAGAAAGCAUAGAGACAAGCAACAGGGCGAACUAAAAUUAAAAUUAACAUACAGGCCAAUCAAUUAGUAGCAUUAUUUAUUUAUUAUUAUUGUUAUUAUUAUUAUUGUUAUUAUUAUUAUUAUUAUUAGUGUUCUUAUUUUUUUGUUUUGUGUACAUAAUACCCGCGCGUCACAAUAA